AUUUUUUUUCCGUGGCAAUGAUAUAAAUUUAAUCGACACGUGAUGCCCAUAUUCUGGGCUCAUCGCCCUUGGCGCUAUUCCAACGGUUUUUACGUAUGACACUGUUGAGAGACAAAGGAAUACACGGAAGCGAUAUACAAUGUUUAUAUAAUUUACAGAAAUUCAUAGAUGAAGAUGGACAAAGGAGCACUCCCUUCAUUGCAGCAGCUCGCUAUGGCCAUGAUAAAGUUAUAAAAAUGCUAUUGGAUAAGUUUGAACCUGCUCUUGAGCAAGGGGGAACUGUUAAGUUUGAUGGAGAUAUCAUCGAAGGAGCUAGUGCUUUGUGGUGUGCUGCAGGAGCUGGGCAUUUGAACGUUAUUAAAACACUCGUCAAUGCUGGUGCCGAUGUCAACCACGCAACGCAUACAAAUUCCACUCCUCUCAGAGCAGCGUGUUACGAUGGCAGAUUCGAUAUAGUAAAUUAUCUUGUCAAUCACGGGGCUGAUUUACACAUAGCCAAUAAAUAUAACAAUACCUGUCUAAUGAUCGCCGCGUACAAGGGACACGUGGAUAUCCUGACAUUUUUAUUGGAGCAAGGUGCCAAUCCCAACGAGAAGGCACUCUGUGGUGCGACAGCUCUUCACUUCGCAGCUGAAUACGGUCAUUGCAACAUUGUAUCCGAGUUGUUGAAAUACGGUACGACAAUAACGAAAAAUGUCAGUGGAAUGACCCCACUGAUCGCAGCAGCUGAACGAACUCGAGCCAAUGUAGUUGAAUAUUUGAUAUCCGAAAAUGUCGCAACGAAGGAGGAGGUGAUUGAGGCCUACGAACUCCUCGGUGCAUCAUUUGCAAACGACAAGGACAAUUACUGCUUGUCAACAGCGUACACUUACCUCCAUAAAGCCAUGGAGAUGAGAUACAGUGACUCAGCAAACAUAAUCCGCAAACAAGUGGCAGAGCCUGUGCCUGCAUACGAGAAUUGGAGAGAGAGUGAGACUUUAGAAAGACUAGAGAGCUUAAAAAAUGAUGCAAAUGCGCUUCAUAUGGAGUCAUUGGCCAUCAGGGAAAGAAUACUAGGAAAGUACAAUCCAGAAGUGCCACUUCGAAUUGUCUACAGAGGAGCUGUUCUCGCUGAUAAUGCCAGAUUCGAUAGGUGUAUUGACUUAUGGCUGCAUGCACUUCACCUACGACAGAGCAAUAGCAUGUCUUCUGGAAAAGAUCUGCUAAGAUUUGCCCAAGUCUUCUCUCAGAUGGUUCACUUGGGUAUCGAUCUUCAGUUUAACCAACUUCUGGAUGUGCUUGAGGCCAGUGUCGUUGAGCUGGGGAGAAAUAAGGCGAGAAUGCUAACAUCUGAUGCUAAAGAGGACACAGAACAGUAUCUCGAGGAAACAGAGCCCAAUAUCAUGACGACAUUGUACAUUUUGACUAUUCUUGUGAAACUCAUGGCACUCAAUGAGAAAGCGUACGAUGAAGACAGUGUUAAAAAAGCUAGGUUUCUUGUCCACAAAUUGUGUGCACUCAAGAUGACUUUGAGAGAUGGACAGACUCUUCUUCAUCUCGCUGUUAAUUCUAAAACCCCAGUUGAUGAUUUUCAUACCAAUGAUGUCUGCAAAUUUCCUUGCUCAGCCACUGCACAGUUGUUGAUUAACUGUGGUGCUGAUGUAAAUGCUAUGGAUAAUGAGCGGAACACGCCUCUUCAUGUUAUCGUUACUUAUCAGAAACCAAUUAGUGAUUUUAUGACCCUGCACAGCAUCGUACUGGAGCUGGUUGAUGCUGGCGCGCAUAUGGAUAUUGUCAAUAGUCAGGGAAAAACACCAUACGAUGCUGCCACAACUGGAGUCGCUGAGAUCCUACUCAGGACUCAAACAAAAUUGUCACUUCAGUGCAUGGCUGCAAAAGCAGUCAAGACGUACAAUCUUUCUUAUUCGGGCAAUGUACCGAGAUCAUUGGAGAGUUUUAUCGAACUUCAUGGGCCAGGUCUACAUCAGGGCUAACCAUUACCUCGACGAUUCGACGUCGAUGAAGAUAUAUUCUUCGAUAUACUUUUUUAAUGAGCCAAAACCGUGGCUGUUUGGUAUGUGGAGUUCAGUAUGCAAUGUAUAUUGUAAUAAUCUUCUAAUUAAUUUAUUUUCAUAUUUAUUUGUUAAUGCUUGCACUAUCGCUGACUGUUCAUAGUGCAGACUUUUGUAAAAUUUAUACGUUACGACUUCUGGGUACCACUGGACAUUGUUCCAGGCAGCUAAGCAUAUGCCUUGGUACCAUUUUAAAUUUCAUUAAAUCUUUUACCUUCAGGGAAAUGCUUUUCUACUUUUGUAAUUGAAUUUGAACUCUCACAACUUAAUCUCAAUGCUCACAUUUAAAUUUCCUGUAAAUAAUUGAUAAAUAAUUUCUUCUGAUUUUCCUUCUACCGGAAAUUAAUUUCUUGCUGAACUGUAAGUUCAAUGCCCCUGAAUACUCGUGACUUGUUUUAAAUCUUUUCUCACGCAAUUUACUUGACAACUUUGAUGAUUGAAAAAUCGCGAAUCUAUAGAGUUGCCGAAAUAUCUUUAAUCUAACAAAUAACUCAUUUUGUUGUAUAAUAUGGGAAAUAAUUCAAAUAGCUUCAAAUACAUGAGUGAUUCCCUCCUUCUACAAUUAGAAUAAUAAUUUGGUAAAGGUCCUUGUCCUAUACUGAAAUGGAUAUUUGUACAGAGAACAUUUUUUACCGUAAAAAAAAUUUCUUUAGUUAAACAAAUAAGAUGAUGAACCGAUGAUGGUAAACUCAUGCUGUAAAUGUAUAAAUAUAUACCAUUAGCAUAACUAAA